UUGCCAACCACAAUUAUGUUCAGUCCGUGGUUUCGCCAGGAGAGGAUGAACUGGCUUUUCCCUCAGUCCAAAGGCUCCGGACCUCUCCCUCCUCUCAGCAGCCUCCAGCAACAGAGACAGCGGCAGAUCGAGUCACUCAAAGCCGCUCACCCAAGCCUUGCAGAGAUCCAGAAGGAUGUGGAGUACAGAAUACCAUUCACAGUCAACAACUCCACCAUUAGUGUUAACAUACUGCUGCCUCCACAGUUCCCCCAGGAGAAGCCGGUGGUUAGUGUCUACCCCCCGGUUGGUCAUCAUUUAGUCGACGGCAAUAAUGGCACCAUGAUCACCAGCCCCCUCAUCACUAACUUUGGUAUGCACUCAGAUCUGGGUAAGGUCAUUCAGACUCUGCUGGACGAGUUCUGGAAGAGUCCUCCUGCCUUGAUGUCUGCCGGCUCUGCUGGCUUCCAAUACAGUAUGUACAAGCCUUCGGGGAUGGCGCCUUACCCCACUCAGGCUUAUCACUAUGGUCCUCGUCAUGGGGGCCCGAGCCACACGCCGCCCCCUGGUUCAGGUCCAGCUCCAGCGCCAGGGACCGAUGGUGCCCAGGGGCCCCCUCGAGCUCCGGCCCCUUACGGCCUGAUCAGUGACCUGCCACUGCCUGUUCCUACGGGAGACUCCCAGGCCGGACUAAACGGACACAUGUACAAGAUGCCUGAGAUACCGGAGUCUUUCCCUGAACUCUGUGACUUGAACCUGACCCAGUUGUCGGAUAUGUCUGAAAACGAGGACAUGUUACUGGAAUUGUUUGUGACUUUGCCACAACUGAAACAGGUCACUAGUGAUAAAGAAGAGCUGGUGACCAAUAUAGUGGACAUGGCAAAGAAAAACCUUCAGUUGGAGCCGCAGCUGGAAAGAAAACGACAAGAAAUGCUCUACAAGUACGAACAGCUGACUCAGAUGAAGUUGGCCUUUGAAACAAGGAUGCAGAGACAGCAUGAUCUCAGUGAGAGUUGCAGUCUUAGUACUCUACAGGCCCGCUUAAAAGUUGCAGCUCACCAGGCAGAGGAGGAGUCGGAGGAGACGGCCGAAAACUUCCUGGAGGGACGCGCAGACAUCGACGAGUUCCUGAGCAGCUUCAUGGAGAAGAGAACACUUUGUCACAGCAGAAGGGCCAAAGAAGAAAAAUUGCAACAGUCCAUCAACACACAUGGACAGUUUCCCCCCAGCCACUAAAACACAAGAUUUGGUGUUUUCUCAGCCAACUGCUGCCAACUUUAAGGAUAAAGACAUUUGCUGGGACAAAAAGCACACUGGGUCAACAAUGGGCACUUUGGAGAAAUAGGACGAAAGUGAUAGAAGUGGUGGGCAAAGAAAACAGAAGCCCACUGUGCUCCGAUCUGGACUACAAAUACUUUUGAAGUUGGCUUGUGUGAAAGCAAGACGGAGAGUCUAUUGAGAUACCACAAGAGGCCAAAACUGGGAGACCACACUAAGAUUUGAUCUCACUGUGGGUGAUUUCUUUUGCACAUGCUUUCUGUUCAGAUUUUACUUGACAUUAAUGACAAGUUGGUAUUCUUUACUGUCACAGUGGUCAUCGAGAUCAGAUUUGUUGUUGUUGAUGUUAACUCAUCUGGUAGAAAUUAUUUAGGACAGGGCUUUUAUUUCUGUGAGUUAAUCUCCCAUCAAAUAACAAACCUGAUCACCGGUCAGUCUUUUUUUUAAUUUUUUGGUUCAGGUUUGUGGGGGGAGAAUAAAAUGUUUCUUCAAGGUUUAUCAUACACUUUCUCUGAAGUUGACCAGUUCAUUCAAACAGCAUAUGUACACUGAAGUUAUCGAGAUAUCCAUAUAAACGGUAAGCCUUCUACGUGAAUUCCGGUAUUGGAGCACGUGUAUACAUGCUGACAAUGAUCAACAGCAGAACCCGUCUAUUUUCUGACACCAUAUGAACUUGUAAUUGUUGACUGACUCUUAACUGAAGAGCCUCAGAAGAUUUGGGAUAAUGUUGAGGAAUAUUAGGGUUACUUGCUACAGUAAAACAUGAUGACAUUGGAUACUGUAUUUAAAUAAUGUUAAUAAUAGGAUAUAUUGUAAUCAAAGACUCAGACACCUUGUAUUAUAUGUUCUUAUUUAAUUUGUUAGUGGAAUAAAGCAUUUAGCAUUAAUCUUG